UAUUAUUGUUUUAACGAUGAAUCACUAAACGUAAUAGUGUAAUAGUGUAAUACGUUUUUGUUUGUUUGUUAUAUGAUAUACUUGUCUCCUCUGAUUGUAUGUAAUGUAACAUAUAAAAUAUUAAACAAUUAUAUCGAUGUACAGUGCGUAAUGUUGUACUAAAUGCACACACACACACGAACAUACAAUAUUUCACAAAAGCCAUAUUAUAUACACACGCACACUCGCGAUCGCACGCGUGCGAGCGAUUUAUUGUUUUCCGCAUUUAAUUAUAUGUAUUUUUAUUGUUGUUGACGUAAAUAAUAUUUAACUCGCGCAUACGAGCGGUCGGGUGCGCGCGCGGUCGGUCGACACUCUGCAGCAGUGCAGCGUUAAUGGCGCACUCGGCUCAAGUCGGUUCUAACGGUUUCUAUAAUGUUUUUUAACUUAUACUGCGGCAAUCGCUGCUCAUUGCUCUAUAAUCAACUUCAAUAAUAUUUUAAGUGUACCGUGCAUCGAAGUCCGGGCUGUUCGAAUAUAUCGUUUAUUCGACUACCCGACGGACGAACAAUAAUAAUACCGACGAUAAAUCAACUAUUAGAAGUGACGAUUUUUUGGAUUUUAUUAUUCGUAACUCUCCCUACCUUUUUUUUUUGUAAUUAUCAUCRUUGUUUACAUGGGUGCGUUUCACUGUAAAUCGUGUCAGAACGGCGAAAAUGUAUCGAACAUAUUCAGUCAGGAUGUUGGUGAACGGAGACGAUUUAUAUUUGGCAGACGUCGUAGUCGCAGCAGUUCGGUUAGACAGACUGAUUCGCUUGUGCUUCAGACAUUGAGUAUUAUCAAGAACUUGGGACUUAUUGAGAAUGGUACUGAAGCUCCAGAAGCAUUGCGAAAGUUACAUUGGGUUGCAGAUGAUGGUGAUGGUUGGAUUCAAGUGGUAUUAUCUAUGAUUCAUGUCAUUCCUCUUGAUGAUCCACUAAGCCCAGCUCUUAUAACUGUUAUUCUCGAUGAUUGCCCUUUACCCGACAAAGACACUGUGAUGAAAUUAUCUCAAAUGUUAGAUUUGUCAAAUAAAACUCCUAAACGUAAAACAGUUGACCAACAUCGUAACAUUUGUGUAAUAUUAGGUAUACUUGCUGACAAGUUACCCGGACCUUUAAGCAUUGCUUUAUUAACUAAAGAUACAUUGACUUAUCUUUUCAAUAACAUGGAUUUGCAAGUACAUCCUUCAAUUAUACUAUUUUCAUUAAUUGCACUUGAAAAAUUUGCACAAAUAAGAGAAAACAGAUUUACAAUUGAAACUUUUAUGAAGACUGGACCUUUGGCAAUGUUGUCAAUAUUUGAAAGGUUGACAGGUUCUGAUCAGCCGUUUUAUGCUCAAGUUGGGUUUUGUGCUGAAUGGCUACUAGAUAACAUAUUUGUGGAUGAUCAAAGGACGUUAUCAUAUUUAAAUAUUUCAAUGGAAGGUGUAAAUGCCAUAUUAAAUCAAGAAGAUGCUAGCGAGUAUUUAAAACUGGGUCCUUCUGGUUUAGAAGCUAGAUGUGAUGCAUGUAGUUUUGAAAGUGUUCGCUGUACUUUCCAAAUUGACAAAGGCACUUGGUACUACGAAGUAACAAUAUUAACAUCUGGUGUCAUGCAAAUUGGAUGGUCAACUAAAAAUUCAAAAUUUGUUAAUCAUGAAGGAUAUGGCAUAGGUGAUGAUGAAUAUUCAGUAGCCUACGAUGGCUGCAGACAACUAGUAUGGCAUGGUGCACGAUGUACCAGUUGUGUGUCUGGAAGGCCAUGGCGUGAAGGAGAUACAGUUGGUUGUUUAUUACAAGUGGAAAAACCAUCUCCAACUGCAACAUUCUACUUAAAUGGUCAAAUUGUUGCAUUUAAUGACAAAAUAUUUCAAUAUGCUAAGACAGAGUUUUUUGCUGCAGCUAGUUUUAUGACAUUCCAACAAAGUCGUUUUAACUUUGGUAGCAAACCAUUCAAAUAUCCACCAAAAGGUGUUAAGUUCAGUAUCAUGAAUGACCAUGGAAAAUUGGACGAAAAAGAAAAAACAAUCUUACCUAAACAAAUGAGACUGGGUUUAUUAGGUUUAUUAGGCAAGCAGACAGCUGAUGAAGAUUCAUGUACAAUUUGUUUUGAUCAUAAAGCUGAUGUUAUGUUAUACCCUUGUAAACAUGAAGGUUAUUGUGAAAACUGUGCACAGCAACUGACACUCUGUCCAGUUUGUCGUCAAUUAAUCGACAGGUUUCAGGAAAGCAUUCCCACAACAGCCAGCAAUAGUCCUAGUCAGUUAGUCGUGAUGUGAUCUCUUCCAUAUUUUUACAAAUUAUUAUAUACRGUUAUGUACAUUUAAAUAAGGUGGCACACCCCCUGUGUUCUCAUUUGACUAAUACAGGGAGGUAUGUGAAGUCACAAUGGGUAACUCUGUACAUAAAAUAUUCUUUUAUAUUGUAAGUCUUUAUAAACUUUGUGUAUAUUGAACAGAAAAUUAAAUUCUUUUAAACAUUGAAAUAA